GUGUCGGAAUGUUCCACGGCUAGACUAGAAGCCGGGAGGAGGAAGAUGCACCAGUGAACAGGUGUAGGCGAUUAGUUCGGUCUGUAUGGAACGAAGCGAUUCCGAUUGGAAAAGUGAUUGUUCUAGGUCUCGGUGGAGGUGCCUACGAAUGUGCAGUUAAAUGCCAGACCCCACGGUAGGAGGGAAGUGAAGAUUGCGCGUGUGAGAAGAAACGACAGCCAGUGUGUUACGCAUCGGGAAAAUUGAGGGUGGCCAAGGUUUUGUCUGACAGGCCCGAAGAAAAAGAAAAAGAAGCAUUCGAGAGGAGAAAAAAAAAUCCCUAGCAUGUUUUGUCUAAUCGGAAUGUUGCUGCGAGAAUAGAACAUCCCACCCUGGUGUUUGGGUUUUCCGUGUGAGUUGAAAGUGUGUUUUACAGAGCGCGAAAGCUAUGAUGGAAGAAGCUGAAUCGUGAAGCUCUAGCAGGAAUAUCAGAAAUAAGAAGAUUGUGUUUGUGCUAAACGAAAAGAUCAUAUUGAAGAAUCUAUUUAUAAGAAGCUUGUUAUUUUCACUCGGUCUGCCCCCUCAAGAGCGCGAGAGCUCGCACAUCUACUUGGUGGCAACAAACAACAAACCAACAAACAACCAUGACAGAGUACGUACCGCCUCAGCUGAUUACGGUUUUGAAAACCUACCAGGAUAAUGCACCGAAAGGUCUGCACGGACCGGGCCUAUCCCUGGUCCAUCCGAGUAAGGCCGGCGGCGCCAACAGUGGUGCCCCGGGCCAGCGUCCAGACUCUCCGGAUCCCCUGGAAGAAUGCCUGAUUAUGCAGCCUAUCACGGGACCUCUUCCGAUGCCAUCGCACCCCAUUAUGACCACCCCAGAUCCGGACUGCGGUAUUGUCCAGUUGACCAUUCUGGAGGGGAAAAAGAUCGGUUGCUUCUUGCUGGGGGGCGAAAUGCGACUCUGUCUGCCGCAAAUAUUCAACAACAUCCUGAUGGACUUUUCCGUCGAACAGAUCAACCGAAGCAUCCAGGAGCUGAUGAUCUACCUGUACAACUGUACGGACCAGCAGCUGCAGGAAUUCAAGCGGGUCAAUAUCAUCCCGGACACGGCCAAAACGUGCGGGUUGAUCACCCGAACCAAUGCUGAACGGCUCUGCAGCUACAUGCUGCACCAAGCGGACGAUACACGGAACAUCAAGGGGGCGACCACGUUCCGGGUGUACCACCGGUGCUUCGGCAAGUGCGAAGGCAUUUUCACGCCGGCACUGUACAGCUUCAAGGAACCGGCCUGUAUCGAGUGCUGCGAGUGCCUGGGAAUGUUUUCCCCACAGAAGUUUGUUUGCCAUCAACACGACCGGCAGGAGAACCGUACCUGCCACUGGGGCUUCAAUUCGAGCAACUGGCACGCGUACAUCCACGUGGCUUUGGACGAGGAAAACCGGGAAGCGUUUUCCAAGAUUCUGGAGCAGAUCUGGAACCAGGAGCAGGACCUGGAGGACGAACUGCAGGGGCGGGAAUACUGGAUCGUUAAAAGAAAGGGCAUCGACGACGGCAACCCACUGGUGACGAUCAAGACGGAACCGCUCAGUGACAUUCCACUCAAGAAACCAAAGCUACUCAACGAUGCCAGUCUGUACCACAGCAGCCGCCAGCCCAGUUCAGCAUUUCGGCCGUGGACGCAAAAAGCACAAAAGUACGCACAACAGCAGUUGCUACUACAGCACGCCAUGGCGUUCAAUGGAAACGGAAUGCUCAACGGUGGAGGGGUGAUCGGAGGAACCGGCUCGUCCGGUGGAAUUCUCGGACUGAGUCAGGAGCCUCCGGUGUUACAGAACCCGGAAAGUGUUGUACGGUUAUCGGAGAGCGACAAAUUCGAAAGAAGUUUCCAGCCAAAUGUGGCACUAGCGCCACGGAAGACGAUACUCUGUAAGGAACGGGAAAGAGAUCGGGAACGGGAACGGGAACGGGAGAAGGAACGAUCGGUAAUUAAGUGUGAUGUACAAAUUAAGCAGGAGAGUCCUCCGACACCUCCAGCGGAAGUGAUACCACGGUCGGUGAUAAAGUGCGAUGUGAAGAUCAAACAGGAACGACCCUCGACGCCACCGCUUGAAAUGUCCCCUGGGCUUCGAGUACCUUCUUUGUCGAGGUCUCCAUCGCUUCCGCCAGUGGGUGGUCCUCUACUGGGAGGACCGAUCAAAUCCGUUCCAAUGCCAUACAGUCCAGUGACGGACGUGCACCACUCCGGGUCAAACGAAAUUACUUCAUCCACCUCACCUGUACCUCCUGCGGUCAAUAUGACCAUUAUGAACGGUUGCAUCUCAGAGAAACCAAAGCUGCUGGUUAAAGAGCAGAUCAGUCCUCCAUCGCCGCGAAGGACGCCUAUUCUGAACGAGGAUAUGCUUCAUCAUCGAUCUCAUCCACCGCCGGCCGUUAUCCUGAAGAACGGAGCUAUUCCGCUAGGGCUACCAGGUGCGCCCAUCAUAGGCAAUCCCGAGUUUGAGCUGUCCACCGAUACCGAUGAUGACAGCUUAGCUGGUGAACCGGACAGUAGCAAUAACUCGAUGCCUCCACUGGAAAUCAUCGGAGAGGUGAUGAAAGACGUUGCACAUGAAACGCGAGACCAGAUAUUGCACAUUUUCAAACUACUCAUUCAGGAAACGGCACAAAUCCGAAACGACCAGAUACGGUUACUACAGGAUCACAAACAGAAGGAGGACUUAAUAGUGGAGCUGCAGCGGGAUAAAGACAGUUUGCAACAGCAAGUGCAUCACCUCCAGCAGCAGCUGAAUCGAUCUCUCAUUAAAAUAGCCACCUCGGAGGCCAAUGCCCUGCAGAUGCAGCAGCAGCACCAGCAGGAACUGGCCGCUGUUGCCAGUGCGGCUGCCGUGGCCAGCGGUUCCGCUCCGUCAUCGACACCACCCUCACCUCUCUCGUUAGCUUCCAACAGCAGCAACAGCCAAAUCGUGAUUGAGAAAAUCGAACGGCGGAACAGUUUUCCGCAGAAAACCGAUUACAUCAUGAAACCAUUGAAGAAAUGCCUCCGCCGAAGUCCGGAUGAUUCUGUGCUGAUGCUUCAUUCACCACCACCUCCUCCACCGCCACCUCCUUCGUUGAUUCCAGCCAGUCUGUCAAUUAGUGCUACCAGUAUAAAAUCGGACCCAUCCGCAAUGGAUGAAGAUGAUGACAAACUGCAGCAGCAACCGCUAGAUUCUCCGUCGGCCAAUGGCGUCACAGGAGUGAUAGCGUCACCAUCGCCACGACCUCCUUCCAGACCAGCGUCAGCGGCUUCAACGGCAUCCAAUGCGUCUACGAAUUCGCCAUCAGCCAGCUCAGUGGUGCUGGAAAACGGCUCCGGCAGUAGCAAGCCUGCCUGCAUCGCCGCCACCAGCAAGGAGAUCAUCAAAAGUGCUAAUAACUGAUAGUUCAUCAUCUACCUUUGAUAAAAAGGGUGAUACGUAGAGAUUGAGAGCACGGACAAACUCUCUCGCGUUUCGUUUUCGUCAGAGAUGCGAUCAAUCACGUCGAGAAACAGUGCUACGUCGUCUCCCAACACGCAGGUUGAUGUUUCGAGAUACCGAGCACUGUGGCGCUGACGGUGAAACGCAUCAAAGCGCCAGUUCAAUCCGUACUCAAACUUUGUUUUAGGUUCGAUCACCUUCCCGGUGAUCGCGAACGUGCAUUGUAAAGUAGAAAUUUUUAAGCUUCAUUGUCGAUAUUUUUCCCACCAAAUAAUUUCUGUUUGUUUAUUUUUAGGCGAAAAACAAACCAUUAUAAAACUAGAUCGUAAGGCCAUACCGUAAGCCAACAAACAAAGAAAUUACAAAGCAAAAAAGCAACUGAUACAAAUUUGAAGAGCAAACGCAAAACAAAAUGUAAGAGGUUUACAAAUUCUUAUUCGCUGAGAAAUCGAUUUACAUUCAUAAUUUAAUGUAGUUGUUCGUUGAGAAGGUAACCAACUCAAAAAAUAAGCAAAAACAAACAAAAAGAGCUAAAAGUGAAAGACUAUUGUGUUAAGAAAAAAAUAAACAAAAACAAACAUACGUUAGUCAUGUCGAAAAAAAAGCAAAGCGAAACAAAAAAACUAACACAAUGUCGAAACGAAAAAAUAACACUUGCAAGAAAUUAUAUGGAUAGAAGAACCGAUUAAGAAGAACUCAAAAAUAUUAUUCUUAACCACUAAGUGGUUUUCAAAGUCUUGCGUAGUGUCUUGUAUAAAGAUUAACUUUAUUUUAAACAGAUCGUUCUACCAGUAGCGAAACGCCCCCACUCUAAAUGUAAAUAGUCAGCAGUAAAAAGAAAACUUACCGUCGAAAGCAAGUUUUGUGUUCUUUUCAAACAACUUUUUUUUUCCUAGUGGUCAGUCAAACUCACCUCUCAUCUACUACAUACACACUCAUGUAAUUGCCUCCUACCUGUUAUGUCUUCAACGAUACCAAGUACAUAUUAUCAUUUUUUUUUCUGUGCAUAAAUUAUUCAUACAAACACACCCGCAUCAGUUUUCUGCAGAUUAUUAGGCAGGACAUCAACAUUGUACAUUUUUUUUACUUUUUACUUUUGUUUCCUUGAUCUAUUUGCCACGACAAAACAACUGGCAUUCAAAAUGCCUCUUACUAUGUUUAGAAACGAAACUCAUUUAGGUACACACGCAAACGCGCAUGUUUAAGUAACAUACAAGAAGAGAAAAGAGAGAUAGAAAAAAAAAGUAACGUAAUCGCUUUUCAAAAAAGUGUUCACCUUUAAAAAAAGAAAACAUGUUUGGUUUAAAAAAUCGAACUACGUACUCCUUAUUUUGAAUAACUUUCUUCUUAAGUGACGCCAACUACUACUACUAUUACUACUAUUACUACAACAACUACUUCUACAUACAACAAGCAAAAACAAAAAAAAAGUAACAUCUGUCGAUCUGCUUCCACCCACGCGUUGAAGCAAAAAACGUAAAAAACGUACCAGAACAAAAAGAGAAAUCUACACAAACUAGCCAUCGGGUUCUCUUUUCAAAAAAGAUCAACCGAACACAAACUAGCAUCCUUAACGCAUACGUUUAAGUCUGUAUUUUCGCGUUUCAAUCAGGCCACGGUUAUGAUAUUAAAUUUUUUAUUUAUUUAUUUAUCCUCCUACUUUAAAAAGCGAAAGCAAGCAAAUCAGCAAAAUUUUACUUCAUAUUCUUUUCGGUGUACAACUCCUGCGUUCUUUGAGUUCAGCUAAGAAAGUGCAUACAUCUACACUGCUACUUGUUUUGUGAUCAUUAUUUCAUGUUUUUUCGAACUAAUAAAAAUGGAAUGCAAUUUUAUCGUACUAUUAA